UAUCCCGAAGCGAUAGCGUUAUGUGUUUUAUUCGUAAUAUUUUACGAGUUGGUGUUAAUUUCAUCAUAUUUAAAUAUUAAUCAUGUUUAGCGAUAAAUAUAUAACGGUAAAAGAUGGAAGUAGAGAAGAGAUCAGCCAUAGCUCAUUACAGGGAAUUGUUACUUUGAAUUGUCGAACAAUCAGAAUUGGUUCCUACAGAUACACACCAAAAGAAAAGGUAUACAUAUCAUCAAAAGGUAUCAAAAUAGUGGCUCCAGUCCUAAAAAACGAAACAAAAGAAGUUGCACUACAGAUACAAUUACGUGAAAUUGUUAAAUUGUUGGUACAUUUUGGGAAAGGACUACCGGUUAUAUUUCUCUACACAGUUAACAAAUGUGGUGCCUACAUUAGGAAAACAUUGGAAAUGACUGAGCAAUCUGGGCCAUACUACAAUCCCAUGUCAAAAAAUGAUCCAUACAAAAGAAUAACACUUCUACCAGAAUCAAUAACUGAUGAAGCAAAGAUGACAAUGAAAAAUUUAUUUGGCAUUAAAAUGGAUGAAUUGAAUUCACGAGAAGCGAAUGAUAUACUUGUGAGAACAUGCCCUAAAGAAAACAGCACUGUCACUAAAAUGGCUACCAGAUCAUCAAGCACUGGAAGUGCUUCUGGUGCAAAAAGCGCAAACCCAGCAGAAAUACGACAGAUCUUAAUAUACCCACCUGGUAAAGGAGGUAUACCUAUAAACACUGAAGAUUACAUGUGCCUAGCUCAGGAUCAAUUUCUAAAUGACGUUAUAAUAGACUUUUAUUUAAAAUACUUAGUACACGAUAUUUUAACAAGCAGCCAGAGAGAAAAGACUCACAUAUUUAGCACAUUCUUCUACAAGAGAUUAACUACUAAACCCAGCAAAGUGAACAAAAGUUCAAAUCCUCACGAAUGGGACAGUAGCUUGACGCCAGCUCAAAAACGUCACGCCAGAGUGAAAACAUGGACAAAGAAUGUGAACAUUUUUGAAAAAGACUAUAUUGUAGUUCCUAUUAAUGAAAAUUGCCAUUGGUUUGUGGCAAUUAUUUGCUUCCCAAGCUUAGAGGGGUGCAGAAGUAUGAUUGACAACCGCAUUGUGUCACCACAAGAAAUUAAGAAAAGAGAACGCCGAUCUUCUAUGCAAAUAGGCAAUACCACAAUCACUCCUCUAAACAAACAGGAGCAACUUACAUUAAAUUGUGACUCUGAUAAUCUCAGUGAGCGAGAUGAAGCUGAAGCUGAUGAAAGUGACUUGGAUAUGCAAUGUGAUUCUGAGGAGGAAGAAGUCGAAAAACCCAAUAUAGAGAAAAAAACAGAAGUUCAAACGCUACCGAAGAGUGAACCUAUUAAACAGCCUUGUAUUUUAAUAUUUGAUUCACUGGCUGGAGCCUCAAGAUCGAGAGUGGUGGCCACGCUACGAGACUAUCUGACCUGUGAAUACCAAGCAAAAGUAUCUACAAACAAAAUAUUUAACAAGGAUAACAUCAAGGGAAGUUGCCUCAAAAUACCACAACAAAACAAUUUUACAGAUUGUGGAUUGUAUUUGUUACAAUAUGUUGAACAAUUCUUCAAGGACCCAAUAGUAGAUUAUUCCCUGCCAAUAAAGCAACUGUCAAAUUGGUUUGAUGAAAUUGUGGUCACAAGAAAAAGAGAAGAAAUCUCGGAAUUGUUGAAGGUUUUGAUGCACAAGUAUAAUCCAGACUCGCAUUUGACUUUACCUGAUAUCACAUUCCCCACAUUAAAUGGUAAAUUGAUCGAAACUGAGGAGCAAGACGAUGCGUCAGAAAAUGAAAAGGGAAAUUUAAGUACGAGCAAAACAAAGGAUGGAAAAGAGUCUGAUGGACCAACUCUAACCUUUGUUAAACAAAUGCCCACUGGCGACAUCGUUGUAAAGCGCAGUUUCGGCGACUCCUCUGAUACAAUACACUUGCGGAAAGCUGUUCGCCUCUCCACAGAUUUAGAAAAUAGAUCUAUGCUUCAGAUCAAACCAGAAUUUAUCAAAAAAGGAGAGAAUGAAAAUCAAAUUCUGAUUCCCAUAAAGUUGCACACAACAAGUGAAUUGGUCAAAGACAUACAAAAUACGCUAAUAGUUAAUAAGAAUAAAACUUUGGGUGAUAAAAAACAAGGUGUACAUAAUCAGAAUGUAUCAGGUGUGAAUUGUGUUCGUCAGAGUAUGAGUGAAAGUGAUAGUAACUCAUUCUUGAAAACAAGGAAAAUAAGCAAGCUGGAAGAUGUGGUGAAUGAAUCAAGCAAAAAGUUCAAGAGGAAUGAAUGUUGAGAGAAUGGCUUGUCCAAAUACCAUGUCUAUUAAAUUAUUAUUAAUUAUUGAAAGUGUAUAGCUGUUCUUAUAGAUUUGUAAAUAUUAAUUGUAAUGGUAACUAUAACAUGUAUUUAAUACUGUAUUCUAUUUUAUAAUGUAAAGUUAAAGUUUUACUCGUGUAUUAUAGCUUCAACAAAAUACAGAAAUGAAA